GCGCGGAGGUCAGUGUAAAACUGUCUUCUGUCCGUAACGUAUCGAGCCGUAGCCGGUCGAGUGAAUGUUCGACGAGAGUCCUUCUUCAAUCUUACAGUGCUCUAAAGAGAAAGCAACGGCUCUUAUAUGUGAGAAUUUCUCCAUUGCAGAAGAAAUUGCGUCGAAUAUCAGUCGUUGAAUCUUUUCAGUUUUUCUGCAUAAAAAAUCUACAUCUGCCAUCAUCGGCUGAGGGGGCUGUUAAAGACAUUACGUAUACAUAAAUAUAUAUUUGAACUGUUAGAGUGGAACGAUAGCCUGUACCCGAUGAGUAUUCGAUUGGCAGGUGGCCAUAUGGUGAAGCAGAGGAGGUUUAUCGGGAAUACCAAUAAUAAAAUGAUCAAUAUACGGGAACAUUUAUAAAUGUUUUAGAGAGAUAAUUUAAUGCGAUCCGAAUGCAGGAAACGUUGUUUUCUCUUCACGACCUAGGUGCAAAAGUGGAUCUGUAUGCUCCUGAACGGGAUUUAUCGAGAAUUUCACGGAGCAACGGUUCAUGUUGCGGUCGCAAGACGCCUUGUCACGUAUUGUAAAGAGAGUUACAGGUUGGACAACGUAUCAUCGAAAUAAUUUGACAGAUUGCUAGAUGUGAUUUGUAAUUCGAUUUCCUUUUUUAUAUUUAACCCAGAUUUAUAGAGGGAUUUUUUUAGUUUCUUAUUGCGGUAAGUAAAACACGAUACGUGACGAUAUUAUUCGUUCAAAUCAUUUUUUAUCGUACAUUCAUACAAUGAAAUCAAAUGAAAUUGAUAUUUCUACGAAAUGUACAUUUUCGUAUUUGCAUCGUGAAUGCGAAAGUCGUGGGUUUCGCGAAAAAGAUCAUGAAAAAUUUUCGACAUCGAACACAUGUAGAAUGGAGCAAAGUAUAUUUUUCGUAUACAUGUAUCGAAUGUAACCCGCAUGUAUCAAACUAUAUGGAACGUAAUUGUAAUCCAUAAUAAAAAUCAUUUCUGAGCAGCAACAGUCGAGUAGUAUUUCGAAAGCUUCUUCUUUGUAAAAAAGAAGAAGAAAUUUAACAUUCAAUAUAGCUGCAUUUUAAAAUCCUAAUAAUACGGAAAUUUAACAAUAGAGAUGGUUUCGUAUGUUUAUUCCCGAUAAUAAAAAUGCGCUUGACGAAUAAAAAAUACAUUCUAACGUUUAACAUGCUUAUCUUUAACAGAUUUUAAUAGAGAUGUUUGUAAAUGGAAAUUGUACAACGACAGAUAUUCUUUCAUAUUGUAAAUCAGGUCAAUAGUUUAAGAAAUGGCGAGGAAUUACAAAACAAUUUAUCAUAGUUUAAGAUGUAGAUCGUCAAGAAAUAGCGAGAACACACACACAUUUACGGUGAUUCACCACGAUAAUCGAACAACAAACAACUUGGUUGAGUUUAACGUAUAGCCAAUAUAACAAUAAUUUGUCAGCAUCUCGCGUGCAUUUCUGGAGCAGGCUGUCGUCCAGGAGUCAUUGAGACUAAUCGAUUAUUCAUUCGUAACUUUUUCCUACUCAAACAUCGUGAAAAACGGAAUAUAAUUUCGCUUCUAUUUUUCAAAUUUUAGAUUCCAUCGCAUAUUUUACGAAGGAGGACGUAUAAGCCAAAAUAAUCGAGUAUUACCAGCAGUAUUCAUUGGCAACUUAGUCGCAGUAUUAAUGCAGGGAAAAUUAAUAAAUUUCCAUAUCAGAACCGGACAAACGCAAUACGGUCCAACUGUAUGAGAACAAACGGUAGCUUAAUUUACAAAAUCCCGCUAAUGUUCGACCGUCUACCGUGCUGGGCGUGAUUUUUCACCAUAAUGCUCGCAGAGUCGAUAACCUUCGUCAUGGUCAGCGAGCGAAUUUGCUCAACCACUCCAAUUCGGAUUGUCGAACGAAUGGAAAUUUCCGCCCGAUUCGGAGAUUGCCUUUCGGAGAUUUAUACCUAGAGAGCAUCUUGUAUAUUUUCGAGCAGGGAACUCGAUUGUCAUUCAGAGUUUUUAAUUGAGAAUGCACGAUGACGCAGCGAAUUUAUCCGUUAUCCGCAAGCCCUCGCGAGGGCUCAUUAGAUAUUCAAAUGGAGACGCUCAGAUCAAAUCACUCUCCCCGUCCGGAAAAGAUCCUUUCGAGAUACACACAGCAAGACAAGGAAAGGGAUAAAUAUGAAGCCGAGUAUAUGCUACAAGAAAAUGGCAAAGCAAUGGAAUUCGUGCCACCGCAAACGAAGGAGGAGGAUAAGUCAGCCUCGCAGAAGUCAUCGCUGCCACCCGUGCCUUACUACAAACUCUUUCGAUUUGCAACAUGCAGCGAAUUGACACUGAUCGUCUUAGGCUUAAUAUUGGGCUGCUUAGUAGGACUGUGUGUGCCAGUCGCCACGAUUCAAUAUGGUGAAUUCAGUACUCUACUAGUAGAUCGUAAUACAGAGAAUCAUGUGACCUCACCAACCCUCAUGAUGCCAUGGUUCGGAGGUGGGAAAAUUUUACCAGCUAAUGCAAGUUACGAGGAGAAGAUGGACGCUUUAUACGACGAUUCGAUUGCUUACGGCGUCUCUUGCGCGGCAUUAUCGGCGAUUCAAUUCGUCCUUGGCAUAUUGAUGGUCGACUUGCUCAACAUCGCCGCCUUGAGACAAAUCUCCAAAGUGCGCAAGAUGUUCUUGAAAGCCGUCCUUAGACAGGAUAUGGCAUGGUACGACACAAACACGUCGACCAACUUCGCCAGCAGGAUUACCGAGGACUUGGACAAGAUGAAGGAGGGAAUAGGGGAGAAGCUUGGCAUUUUCACGUAUUUGACGACUUCGUUCAUUUCUUCCAUCAUCAUCUCAUUCGUGUAUGGUUGGAAAUUAACCCUGGUCGUGCUGAGCUGCGCACCAAUCAUAAUAAUUGCCACCGCUGUAGUCGCCAAGGUGCAAAGUUCUCUGUCGGCCUUGGAGCUGACGGCCUACGGUCAAGCCGGUAGCGUCGCCGAGGAAGUUCUCGGCGCCGUAAGGACCGUCAUAGCUUUCAAUGGCGAGGAGAAAGAGGUACAGAGAUACAAGGAGAAACUGAUGCCCGCGGAGAAAACUGGCAUUAAGAGAGGCAUGUGGUCCGGAAUCGGCGGCGGAGUUAUGUGGCUCAUCAUAUAUCUCAGCUAUGCGUUGGCAUUCUGGUACGGUGUGCAAUUAAUCUUGGAAGAUCGCCCGAAGGAGGUGAAGGAGUACACGCCGGCGGUAUUGGUGAUCGUGUUCUUCGGCGUACUUUCCGGGGCGCAAAAUAUGGGCCUGACCUCGCCGCAUCUCGAGGCGUUCGCGGUGGCGAGGGGAUCCGCGGCCGCGAUCUUCCAGGUUCUCGAUCGCGUGCCGACGAUCGACAGUCUGAGCAAGGAGGGCCGACGACUCGAGUCCGUCAACGGCGAGAUUGAAUUCAAGGACGUCGCAUUUCGUUAUCCGGCGCGGAAGGACGUUCAGGUGUUGCGGGGAUUGAAUCUGAAGAUCAAUCGCGGCGAAACGGUGGCACUUGUCGGCGGAUCCGGAUGCGGUAAAUCCACUUGUCUACAACUCAUUCAACGUCUCUACGAUCCGCUAAGUGGACAGGUGCUUCUGGACGGAGCUGACGUGUCAACGUUGAAUGUUCAAUGGUUGCGCUCGCACAUUGGCGUGGUUGGUCAGGAGCCAGUGCUCUUUGACACGACGAUACGGGAAAAUAUCCGUUACGGAAAUGACAGCAUUACCGAAGAGGAGAUGAUCAAAGCUGCGAAGGAAGCGAACGCUCACGACUUCAUCAGCAAACUGCCGGAGGGAUACGAUAGUCCAGUGGGCGAGAGAGGCUCUCAAUUAUCGGGCGGACAAAAGCAAAGAAUCGCCAUCGCGCGCGCGUUAGUGAGAAAUCCGGCAAUUCUCCUCUUGGAUGAGGCAACAUCCGCUUUGGACGUUCACAGCGAGGCAACCGUGCAAAAAGCUCUCGACGCUGCUGCGAAGGGAAGAACGACGAUUAUAGUCAGCCACAGACUUUCCACAAUCACGAAUGUCGAUAGGAUCGUGGUUAUUAAAGACGGUGUUGUCGUUGAGCAAGGUACCCAUGAGGAAUUAAUCGCGCUCAAGGAACAUUACUACGGAUUGCAUUCCACUCACGUAAAUGCUCAAGCUAAAGAUAAAGCCACGAAAGCUGCCGCGAAGGCUGCAGUAACAAGCCCGAAGUUGAAGACGAAACCGCCGCUGAGUAGGCAGUUUUCAACCAUGUCCUUGCAUUCUCAUCGAUUAUCCAUCGCGAGAUCUGAAUCCUCUGAAGAGGAGCUUGAGGAACACGAGAAACCUUAUGACGCCCCCUUAACGAGGAUAUUCGCGCUUAACAAACCGGAAUGGCUGUAUAAUCUAAUUGGAUGUUUCGCGGCGGCGACGGUAGGCGCAUCCUUCCCGGCCUUUGCCGUGCUAUUCGGUGAGGUGUACUACGUGUUAAGUCUCCAAGAUCCCGACGAAAUCUACAGAAGGACCGUCAACUUCUCGAUAUUAUUCAUCAUUGUGGGCAUAUUCACGGGUAUCGGCACCUUCCUGCAGAUGUACAUGUUUGGCUUCGCCGGCGUGCGUAUGACAACGCGAAUAAGAAGAAUGGCGUUCAACGGGAUGCUGAAGCAAGAUAUGGGCUGGUACGACGAGGAUGCGAAUAGCGUGGGCGCACUUUGCGCGAGAUUGUCGUCAGACGCCAGCGCCGUUCAGGGCGCGACCGGGACUCGCAUCGGUGCCAUCCUACAGGCCUUCUCGACCCUCGUGAUCGGAAUCGGAUUGUCCAUGUACUACACUUGGAAGAUGACAUUGGUCUCCGUGGUAUCGAUUCCCCUGGUUCUUGGCGCGGUGUUCUUCGAAGCGAGAGUGAUGGGCGGUCAGGGUAUGCAAGAGAAGAAGAAGAUGGAAUCGGCCACGCGAAUCGCCGUGGAAGCGAUAAGCAACAUCCGCACGGUUGCCAGUCUCAACAAGGAGGAGCGCUUCUUCGAUAGAUACUGCGUGGAAUUGGAUCAUGUUGCCAAAGCGACUAGGACCGGAAGUAGAUUGAGGGGCGUUGUGUUCUCGUGCGGGCAGACCGCGCCCUUCUUCGGAUACGCCAUUAGCCUUUAUUACGGCGGAUACCUAGUGGCCAGGGAGGGGCUGAGUUAUGAGAAUGUCAUCAAGGUGUCGGAAGCGUUGAUCUUCGGCUCGUGGAUGCUUGGCCAGGCGCUUGCCUGGGCGCCUAAUUUCAACACGGCCAAAAUAUCAGCCGGCAGGAUCUUUCGGCUGCUUGACAGAGUGCCGGAAAUCAGUUCGCCACCGGGAUCGGAGGGGAAGGAUUUAGAUUGGAAGGCGGACGGUCUCAUCCAAUUCUCGAAAGUCGACUUUCACUAUCCGACGCGUCCGGAGAUGCCAGUGCUCAAAGGGCUGAAUUUAAUUGUAAAGUCGGGUCAGAUGGUGGCUCUCGUGGGUCAAAGUGGUUGCGGAAAGUCCACUUGCAUUCAGUUGUUGCAACGGCUCUACGAUCCGCUCGCAGGCACCGUGACGAUGGACCGGCGUGACAUCGCGUCGGUCUCGCUAACCACGCUCAGAUCACAACUAGGCGUCGUGGGACAGGAACCGGUGCUCUUCGAUAGAACGAUAGCCGAGAAUAUUGCCUAUGGUGACAAUAGUCGACAGGUGACGAUGGAUGAGAUCAUCGAGGCCGCCAAGAUGUCCAACAUUCACAGCUUCGUGGCUUCGUUGCCGUUGGGAUACGAUACAAGAUUAGGAACGAAGGGUACUCAACUUAGUGGCGGGCAGAAACAAAGAAUAGCAAUCGCACGUGCUUUACUGAGGAAUCCUCGAGUUUUGCUAUUGGACGAAGCAACUUCAGCCCUCGAUACUCAAAGUGAGCAGGUCGUGCAGGCGGCCCUGGACAAAGCCAUGCAGGGGAGAACGUGUAUCACCAUUGCCCACCGUCUGGCCACCAUAAGAAACGCCGACGUGAUCUGCGUACUGGACCGAGGCACCGUGGCCGAGAUGGGCACCCACGAUGAUCUGAUGUUGGCCGGUGGCCUCUACGCUCACUUGCACGAUCUUCAGGAAAGCUCCGUACAGUAGAGAGGCAGCUCAAAUUAUCGCUUUUCUCUUCCAUCGCGCGCGAUUCGCCCGUCGAUGAUGCACCGCGUUCCAUUCGGAGACAAGAGAUAAUUCAGUCGAGAGCGCGGAAAACGGAAGAAAGCGUGAGACUGCAGAGCGGAAUUCAAAUGGUCGCCGGAAGAACUGUCAAGAAACACCGAGAACUAGCUAUCGCUAGACUCGAGAGGGCAAACUCGCCAGAGAAAAGGCAGAUUUAUUCUCGCGAAGUGAUAAACGCGAUUCGCCGAUUCGCUCCGCAGCGAAAUCGUACGAAUCAAGUAUCGAUUUAUUUUUGACGAGGAUUUUAUUUUAAACCAAGUUUCAGAAUUUCAUUUAUUCCUUUCUUCGCAUCGGAUCUGUCCUAAAUUAAUUUCAAUUAUGCGGGGUUUGAAUGAUACUGACAAAUUAUCACAGUUUUCUCUUUCAAUCUCUAUUGACUCAUUUACUUACAAACGAGAGCAUAAAAUUACGGUGAUUAAUGUCAAAGUUUCUUCACGAACAUUUGAUAUAAUUUAUAUAUUUUUAUGAAAUUUUUGAUCAAUUUUUAACUUUUUGUCAAAGUUCAUAAAAUAUUUUAUAUGAUUUAUAUCCUAGACAAUUCUCACCGUAAUGUCUAUUUCAUCUAUAUCUCUGUAUUUCUAUCAUUUUUAUUCAUUAUUUAUCGUCUCGUCUCCUUCUAAUUUUACAAAACGUUUGUGGCUGAGUAGACUAAAGUGUUCCUUUAUCGAGGUCUUGCUUCUCCUGGCGGUCACGUUACUUCGUUAGGCAUCGUACUUUGCGCAUCUACGUAACGAUACUUUUAGACGGUGAAACGAGACAUUAUCCGUAAUGGCAGACGACGUAAUCAACUUUACCAUUUCUGCGUCCCGUCGUCAUUUGUAUGCGUCGACUUUUCUCCAUAACGCUUUUUCAGGUGAUAAUAUUUCUCGCGUGCGCACAUGUACACAUGUAUACAUACGCACACUACACGAGGGUUUUCAUGACAUCAUAUUUUGCGAUGAGCGGAAAAUUUGACUAUCUUCCUCUCGGAUAAAAAAAUUCAGUCAAAUGAACAAAAAGAGUCUUUUCGAUAUUAUUAUGUAUUAAAGAAUUUAAUAAUUUACUAUUCACUACUGCCUAAACUGCAUUAUUGAGCGAAAGUCGGUGCAACACAAUUUCAAUAGAUACAAUUAGUGUAAUUAAUGUUAUUGAUCUACGUCAUCCCACAGAUUAGAUAGAUGGCGAACACCGAAUCGAUUGGUUUGCGGGGCGUAAUUCAUGUAUGUACAAGACGUACAAAUGUAGUGACAGGUGUUGAAUAACAUGGCGUUGAAAGUA